AUGGACUCAGACGAAGAGAAGAAGCCUUUAUUAGGCUCUAAUGAAGAAGAAGGAGAUUAUGAAGAGAUCACAGGAUGUGGUGGAAGUCUACCUUGUGAUCCAAGAAGAUCGCUUCAUAGAUAUUUAAUUUUGAUCAUCAUGUGCUUUUUAAGUUUUGGAAGUUAUUUUUGUUAUGAUAACCCAGCUGCUCUUCAGGACACUAUGAUCAAAGAUUUAGAUAUUAAUGAAAGUACUUUCAUGGGAUUUUAUUCCUGGUAUUCUUGGCCCAAUGUGGUGUUGUGUUUUUUUGGUGGAUUUUUAAUUGAUAAAUUGUUUGGUGUUAGAUUGGGUGCCAUUAUCUUCAGUUUAUUUGUCACUGUGGGACAGGUUAUAUUUGCUACUGGGGCUCUGUUUAAAAAUUCUAUUAUCAUGGAUGUUGGACGAUUUGUAUUUGGUAUUGGUGGAGAAUCACUUGCAGUAGCUCAGAAUACAUACGCUGUUAAAUGGUUCAAAGGUAGAGAGCUAAACAUGGUGUUUGGUUUACAGUUGAGUUUUUCUCGUGUGGGAAGUACAGUAAAUAUGAAUGUUAUGCAUCCUAUAUAUAAUUUAUUAGAAAACUAUUUGAAAGGUUAUAAAUGUUUAGGUGCUGCCUUAUAUGUUGGUGCUUUUUUCUGUAUAUUUUCAUUAAUCUGUGCCUUGUCAUUGGCCUAUUAUGAUAAAAGAGCUGAUAGAAUACUCAAAAGAAAAGCUUUAUCAUCAGAUGAAAAGAUAAGAAUCACUGAUGUCAAAGAUUUUGGGUUAAAAUUCUGGUUAAUUAGUAUUAUUUGUGUAGCUUAUUAUGUUGCCAUCUUUCCUUUUGUUGGUUUAGGAUUAGUGUUUUUUGAAAUGAAAUAUGGUUUUUCACCAGCCUCUGCCAACAGUGUUAAUAGUUUAGUAUAUAUUAUAUCAGCUGUAGCUUCACCAUUGUUUGGUUUUAUGAUUGAUAAAAGUGGUAAAAAUAUCUUCUGGGUUAUAGCUGGUAUUGUUUUUACUAUUGGUUGCCAUGGUGUCUUAGCUUUCACAUUUAUUAAUCCCUAUGUUGCCAUGAGUAUCAUGGGUUUAGCCUAUUCUAUAUUAGCUAGUGCUUUAUGGCCAAUGGUUAGUUUAGUUAUAGCGAGUCAUCAACUAGGUACGGCUUAUGGCAUUAUGCAAGCUAUACAGAAUCUAGGUCUAGCUGUUAUAUCAUUAGUAGCAGGGUUUAUAGUAGAUGCUAAAGGUUAUCUUAUUUUAGAGGUUUUCUUCUUAGCUUGGUUAUGUCUGUCACUUAUAGCAGCAGUUUUGUUAUAUUUAGUUGAUGCAGCUCAAGGAGGUAAAUUAAAUUUAUCAUCAAAAGAACGACAUGGUGGUGCUGAAAAAGAAGUUGUUGUGAAUUAAAGAUGUCAAAAAACAUGGAGGACCUGUUUCAAAACCAUGUAAAAAAAUUAUUCCAAGAAAAGGCCAAGAAACCCACUUGAUAAUGACAGACGCUAAUCUUUCCAGAAUAUUGUAAUUCCUCAUAUUGAAAUUCACUCAGAAUUAAGGCAAUUUUCCUAAUGUUUAUAAUCAAUUCCCAUGUUCUAGAUAAUCUCAAGUGGGCAAUUAUUGUGUGUUCAAGUGAUUAUUUACUAGUCAUGCUAAAAGCUGAAUAUUUUUCAUUAAAUUCAUCAGGAGCAAAAACCUUGAUUCAAAGGUAAUUUUUAAGAGUUUUUUAUUAAAGUUUUUCAUGUGCAAUUUGAUUGUUCUAAAAAAUGGCAUUUUGACAAAUGUUAAGAAAAAACCUAAUAUAUUAAAUUUUGAACCAUGAUUUUUUAGUCACUAGGUAUGCAAAAUAGUUUGAUUAAGAUAUAAACAUUGCAAGCAACAUACAGCUUAUAGAUUCUAAAAUAACUAUGCAUGAUUAUAGAUUAGUAGUGACUAGGCUUUGAAAUUCU